AUGGCCUUUGCCCAGAACCUCUCCAGGCUGAUUGUUCCUAUCGCCAUCGGUGCCACUGUAGUCCAGUCUUCUAUCUACGAUGUUCCAGGUGGUUACCGGGCUGUCUUGUUUGACCGAUUCUCGGGUGUUAAAGGCCAGGCUACUGGCGAAGGAACGCACUUCUUGAUCCCUUGGCUCCAGCGUGCCAUCCUCUACGAUGUGCGAAUCAAGCCCAGAAACAUCUCAACAACCACCGGCUCUAAGGAUAUGCAGAUGGUCUCUUUAACUCUGCGUGUCAUGUCAAGGCCGGACCUCAAUGAGCUCCCCAAGAUCUACCAGUCUUUGGGUCUCGACUACGAUGAGAGGGUUCUGCCGUCAAUCGGUAACGAAGUGUUGAAGGCUACUGUCGCCCAAUUUGAUGCUUCCGAACUCAUCACAAAUCGAGAGAUCGUCUCCGCCCGAAUCCGAGACGACCUCCUCAACCGAGCCAAGGAGUUCAACAUCCAACUCGAAGACGUUUCCAUCACCCACAUGACUUUCGGUAAAGAAUUCACAUCCGCAGUCGAGCAAAAGCAGAUUGCCCAGCAAGACGCCGAGCGAGCCAAGUUUGUCGUUGAAAAGGCCGAGCAGGAGAGGCAAGCGGCGGUCAUCAGGGCUGAAGGUGAAGCCGAGGCGGCCAACACUAUUAGCAAGGCUUUGAACAAGGCUGGUGAUGCCUUUGUACAGUUUAAGAAGAUUGAGACUAGUAGGGAGAUUGCGAACACCCUUUCGCAGAACAAGAACGUCAGCUACGUUCCUGCGGCCAACGGAAACAUGCUCUUGCAAGUCCCUCCUCAACAAUAA